UAGUAGUAGAAGAAGAACUUCCUUCGCUGCAUCAUAGCUGCAUGGAAAGCAUGGCAGUUACAAAACAAAACUGUUAAACUUUUAUUUUUAAUUGUUUUUCUUUUUUGGUAAAGUAAAGACCGAUUAGUAGCUUAGCAUUAAGCGAUAGCUUAACGUAGCACAUAAGCUAAUAGCAUAAGCGGAUUAAUUCAUCACUCUCAGCAACAACACUUACUUCUGGGAGGUGUUGCAUGUCUGAGCCUCCCUGCAGAGCUGAUUAUGGAUGCCUUAGAUGAACUUUUGGGCCCUCCUGUGGACCUGGAGGAUGAAAGCGAUUCCUCAGACAACAGCUCGAGAAAAAGACACAAAUCAAAACUCCCACUGGCUAAACCCUUGUGCGCAGAGGGACAGACCGAAAGCGGCUUUCACAAGACGUGCCGAACCUGUCUGGAGCAUAUCCGAGAAGCAAUGCUGCACCACCGAUGGCAGGAGGCUGCAGAGUACAUGGUCAGCUACACCCAGGUGCUGGAGGACAGAAAUAAGGGCCGAGCACUGCCAAACAAAGAGCUCAUCUGGAGAAUCAGCACCGAGAUACUUCACCACCUUCCACACUCCACAGUCAAAGAUUACAACAUCAUAUAUGAACGGAUGAAGCACUCAGGAGUUAAGCAUUAUCUCAUGAUUUGCCUGGAGCAUUCUUUCCACCUGAUGCUCCACGGUCAGAUCGAAGGCGCGAAGCAGCAGCUGUCCGUCGCAGAGAGCUGGAGGCACGGCAAAGUGUCGUCCUCUCAGCAUCAGCGCCAUAAGCUGAUCCAGGCGUACAGGAGCCUGUUGGAUUAUAUGAUCUGGUGUGACAAAAAGUCCACGCUCUCCACAAACAAUUUUGUUUUUGAUUCUGACAACCAAGCGAUGCAUACCUACUUCAGACACGCAUCUGUGAAUCUUCAGGACAUUUUGAAAAAUCCAGGCGUCUGGGAUCCCUUCAUCCUUUGUUAUGUUGAGAUGCUGGAGUUUUAUGGGGAUAACGAGGAGGCUCUGAAAGUCCUGAACGACUACGCGUACGACAACAGCUUUCCCCCAAAUCCCAACGCGCAGGUCUAUGUGUACCAGUUCUUAAAGCGACACAACGCUCCUGAAAAGAAACUGAUGAAAGUGUUGAGGAACCUCCAAAUAUUGGUGCCAAGCCACGAACUGAUGUUAGAGUACAGCUACCUCCUGCUUCAGUCUGAGAAAACUAGUGACACUGAGAAGGCUCUAGGAGUCCUCCUCGAGAUGCUCGACUUCGCCUGCUGGAGGAGCAACCUGGACGUGUGGACGUGUUUAAAAGCUGUCACUCACCAGCUGCUGUUACGGGAGGACGGGGAGAUGACGGUCUGCAAGCACAUGACUCUAAGGAUGGACUGGUGGCCCGCUCUGCAUUUCACAAGCUUCCAUGCAGAGAAGGACAGGGAGGAGAACAACAAGCUUUUGGAGGUGAAGGCGUCACUCGCAGAAAUCCUUUGUCCAGGUCGAGCUCUGAAGUACACCGCUGAGCAGAUGCCUACUUGACCCGUUAACCGAUUCUGCCUGGCUUUAAUAAAAACCCUUAAGGUGAAGUUUUUUUUUAUCAGAUAUUUAAAAUAUUUACUGAAGUAAGAUCUCUCUCUUUCCACCAAUGACAUAUUUUAAUGUCCAAAGUUAAGAAACCUAAAGUGUUAAAUAUUUUUCUUUGGUAUUGGCCAAAUGGUGCCCUGAAUGUUUUAUGAUGUAAUAGAAAGGCAUUUCCACUAUGUGGAGCUAUUUUACUGUAAAAUAAUUUUAAACUGCUAUUUUGAUGGGAAGCAUUAAAAGUGCUUUUUUUCUAGGUUGUAUAUUAAAGUUUGACAGAUUCAGA